CACUGUACAUACUUUAUGCACGUGGAAGAGGACCUGUGUGAAUUGUUUCUUUUAUUUCUAAAAUUCCUUGACAGCUUUCGUAAAAGGAUUUGCAUGCGCAUGUAUAAAUACAUAUCAGAGUUUAAAAAAGAGACGUAAUAAAGGAGAGAGAAGGAAAAGGAUAGAGAAAAAGGCGGCGUUGGUCUAAAAAGGACGACGAGUGCUUGUAGGAGGAAGGAAGGAGCACAGGAAACGCUGAGCCAAGAUUUUUUUAAUCGCAUUCUCUUAUCGUUUCGGCGCGAGAAAGAUACGUUAUUCGUGAUCAUAAAGGACGACUGUGAAAUAUUUAACUGAAGGAUCGAAGAUACCUUGUCCAGUCGUAAUCUGGCGGGACAAUUUUGCAACCGUUCACAAGAGAUAAAAAAUAGACGAUAUGGCUAAUUAUGAUGCCGAUGUGGAUGCCGAGCAAGAGCAGAUUUUUGAUAGACCGGAUACAGAGUAUAAAAUAUAUGUGAAUUGUUUGCCACCAGAGUUAGAUGAGGUUGCUAUUAGAGAAGUUUUUAAUCAAUAUGGUAGAAUUACUGGAAUAUUUUACCCUCCUAAAGCUUCAUGGGCUUAUAUUACAUAUAAUUCAUAUCGUGAAGCGGAAUGUGCUAUACGAGAACUCAAUGAUAGAAGACCGUUAUAUUUAAAAGUUACACUUGCGAAAGAAAAGUCUGUUAUAAAGGAAGAGGGAUUGCAAAGAUCACCUGUAUCGGAAACUUCUGGAGGAAGAGCAAAAGAUGCUACUGCAGAAUCAUCUGUGCCUACUUACAAUGAUGCAAAACAUCAACAGAGUAUGGGUCGUGGUCGAACAAUGAAUGCAUUUUGUAAGCAUUUAGCAUCACAAAUGACAAUGUCAAAUAGAUCUACAGAAAAUGAAUUAUUACCAUCUUCACAAGCAUCUAAUCUUUAUGAAAUUGAGGAACCUACUCUAAACACAGAUAAAUUAUGGACCAAAGGUGUGAUAACCAUCACAGAAGAUGGAAAAAGACAUGUAACCCUCGGACGUGGUUUUACACGAUAUGAAAUCCCAAAGCCGCACCCUAAAAUUGAAGAAUACGUUUUAAAUAUAAUCGAAAAACGCCAUAAUGGUAUAUAUGAAUAUGGGGGAGAUAAACUUAAGAAUGAAGUACAAAAGUGUCUUGUUUGUUCCAAUAAAACAAACAAACAUUGUGAAAAAUGUAACACAUAUUAUUGUAGCAUAAACUGUCAAAGAAAUGAUUGGCCACGACAUAAAAUCGAAUGUCAACGCAUACCAAGAUUAGUGGAAGAAUCAGUUAAGGAUAUAUCACUGCAAAUUAAUAAAGAUGAAAACCAAACAAGUAUACCAUUAACAUUAAAUAAAACAAUUACAAGUAAAACAAUUGCAUCUAAUGAAGUAAAAUUGCGACGACCUAAUGUAUCUAAUGUAAUGCAAGCAGAGAGUUCAAAUAACACAGAUGCAAAUACUAAUAUGCAUAAGAAUAAUGUAGAUAUUACAAACUAUUCUACUAAUAAUGGUAUUAAUGAUCGCGAACAUUUGUCGUCUAUUCAUGAUAAUGAUACUAAUGUAUGUACCACAAAAACUGCAGAUCAACCUGCAUUAAGUACAAUGAAUACCAAAGAUUUUUCUAGACAAAAUCAGUUGCAAAGAUGUAAUAAUACUAAGGAGGAUAUUGAAAAGUCGAAAAGAAAUGAUAGAUAUUCGACAUCUAACCAAAAUCAUUAUAGUCGCAAUCAUAAUGGUGCUAUCAGGAAAACUAUUCCUGAUAAAGAAAAAUCCGAUAAUAGUAAUUUAAGAAACAAAAAUUAUAAUAGUGAUAGAUCUUACCAAAAGAAUGAACUGCAGAUUGAUAAAAAGCCUACUACUAUCUACAAUGACAGAGAAAAUGGACUAGGAAGUAACUCUUCGAGCAGUAAUACUAUGGUGGAUGAGGAAUUAAUUUUCUGUAAAGAUACAUAUUUAUCAAAAACAGAAUUCACAGAAGUAAAAAUUUUAAUAUCAUUGGAUAAUGAUGAGUAUUGGGUAGUCACUUUAAAGGAUUCAGAUACGCGUACGAAUCUAAUGACAAAGUUACAAGACGUUGCAGGAAAAACACGUAACGUGCAACCGAUUAUCGAUGGUGUUUAUGCUGUACUUUUUGGAGGUAUUUGGCACAGAGCUGUGAUAAUAUCUUUGAAUCCUGUAAAAGUUCAUUAUCUCGAUUAUGGUUACGAUGAAACAUUAAAACAAGAUGCCGAGAUCAGAGGUAUACCUAGAGAUAUGAUUAAAAUUCCUCCUCUUGCUAGAAAAAUUCGCUUGACACCAGCCGCAAGAUAUAAGAAUUUCCGAUAUGACGACAUAAUCUUUGUUAAAAUGUUGUCUAUAGAUGCUCAUAAAACAAUUAUAGUAGAUGUGAGAGAGCAAUCAGAACAUUUAUUUUCACCUGUAAAAAAUGCUUCAAAUAAGAAUACAACAGAAAAAUUUGUACGACAAGAAAACGUACAAGCAUCAAAUGAAAAUCUAAAGGCUUCUAAGGUACAAAUAUCUAGUAUCUUAAAUGCUUUUGCUGAUUUAUUCACUCAGAAAGCAGUUUCUGAAUUAGAAUUUACGGGUCUCAUACAAAUUCAUGGAUGUACACAAGAGAAUAUUUAUAGUGCAAGUUUGCUUAUUCAAAAUUUUGACACUGAACUUAUGAACGUUUUAAGUUGUUUAGAAACGGAUUGUGCAAACGCACAAGAAUCUGCACAUUAUAAACCACAAGUGGAAGAUUUGUUAUGUGGCGAAGCAAAAGAUAAUAUGUCCUGGUAUAGAGGAUACAUCUUAUCAUCUUCGACAUCAUCUGAUUUACGUAUUAUUGCAAUAGAUGAAGCUCGAAUUAUGGAAGUAAAUAAAAUUAUACCAUGUCCUGAAAAAUACUUAAACAUUUAUGCUAUUGGGGUAAUAUGUGAAGUAAGCCAUCCUAAUCAAUUGGAAGUGGGAAUAUAUCCAUUCACAGGAAUUAUGAAUGAACAAAACCACAAGCAAGAAAAUCUUAAAAUAAAAAUAAUUAAAGACUCCAAACUUGUGGACUCUAAAUUCGAGGCUAUAAUAAAGUCCUGGAAAUCUAUGAUAAAUAACUCUGAUAAAUCGUCAGUUGCAUUUUCCGAAAUAAAGAGUGGAUCUCAGAUAUGUCUUACCAGUUAUCGAAAUCAUUAUUAUAUGUUUGCGCGUUCUUUGGAUGAAGAGGCAGUAGAAUAUUAUAACAAUAUCAUGCAACGUGUUGCGCAAUGCGCACGAACAGCACCGUAUCUAUCUGAUCCUCCAAAGAAUAAGCAAGCAGUUAUCGCGCCAUUCUCUGAUGGCAAUCGUUAUCGCGCGUUGGUCAUAAAAAUACAGAAUGAUAAAGCACAAAUAGUAUAUACAGAUUUUGGAAAUGUGGAUGAAGUUAACAUAAAAGAACUUCAAAUUUUACCGGAAAACUUGGCACUGCAACGAAGUUGUUCGGCAAAGAUAAGUUUAAAAGAUGUUCCUUCCGACAUUUCUAUGAAUACAAAAGUAGAUCUUUUCCUUCGCGAGUUAGUAGGCAAUGAAACACCCCUGAAAUGUGCAUAUGAGGGUGAUUCAUUGAAAAAUGGAGUACAUUUGACGAUGCCUACAAAAGAAAGUGUUAAUGAUAAGAUAAAGCAGUUAUUAAUACCAACUUGGAAGCAAAAGGACCAGGACAACACUUGCUAUAUGCUAAACGAUAUAAAAGUUGCCGAUUUAGGAAGUGAGGGUGAUAUAGUAACUGCACUGAUAUUACAUAUACAGGAAGCUAACAUAUAUAUGAUGGCUCCUUUUGAUGUCGAAUUGCAGACUCAUAUUAUCCAAGUGAUGCCUAAAUUGUUAAGGGAAUAUUGUGAGAAAGCAGAAUAUUAUAUACCUAGAAAAGAAGAAUUAUGUUUGGCACUGUAUGAGAAUGAGUGGUAUCGUGCAGUAUGUAUGGAUCCAAAACAAUCCUAUACUACAGCUAACAUUUUCUACAUUGAUUAUGGGAAUAUGGCAGAAGUGGAACAUAAGAAUAUAAGGUUAAUGCCUAAAGAUUUCAUUACACCUGCGGCAAUGGCAAAUUUGUGUACAGUUGUCAAUUUGGCACCUGUCGACGAUUCAGGCAAUUAUUCACCUGCCAUACGACAAAAACUAGCAGAAUUAAUACAACCUAACUCGAUUGUGAAAAUUAAAAUCGUGAAGUUUUCGGAAAGCGGAGAUUAUGAGAUAGAAUUGGUUGAUGUUAAAAAAACGUUAAUAGAAGAAGGUCUCAUACCAUCAUGAUCUAUAAUUGGAAGCCUUUCAUGAAUUUUAUUUUUUUACAUAUAUUAUUAAGGAUUGUAUGAUCUUGCGGAAAGAUUAAGAUUUCACUCUUUUAUUUUAAAUCCUUAUAUUGAUUCACACACACAUAAUUCUAUUGAUAUUUCUUAUUUGUUUUAAAUUAUGGACAGUCAUAUACUCGAUUACGAGAUAUUAUGUUCGAUUUUUAGUUUCAAUUCAUCAUGUGCGUUUUUAAAGCAAGCAGUUUUAUUUUCCAUGCGUAUGUUUAAUGUAUUUUGCAUUUUGUUUAAAAGAUAAUUAUUUUCAUAUUUUUUAUCGCAUAUUCUGGUUAAAUAUGGAAGAAGAAUUUUGCAAUUUAUUAA